CGCCAGCUGAUGCGCUGAUUGUUUUCCCUCGCGCGCAGAACAUAGCUGUCAAAGUUGCGCGUGGCGGUUUCUCGUCGUCGCGGCGAUAAGCGCAUGGGUGUGUGUGUGCGUGCGAAAUGCAGUGUGCAGCGUAACACGAUGCCCCGCGCGACGAUUGCUCGGGGAUAACCUCCCGCUGCCAGAUCGGCGAAAGGAAGACGCUCGGUCGUCUCGCCACGUCGUAGAACCAGCCGGAACCGCGGGCAUGGCGUGCCUCCUGCUGAAUCAGGAAAAUGUGCAUCUGAAGAUACCGUCGGUCGACACGGUCGACGGGGUGACGUACUACCGCAUCGAGGUUAAGAUCGCGUCGAUCAAAUGGACCGUGAAGCACAGGUACAACGAGUUCGCAGAGCUGCACGAGAAGCUCGUGUCCGAGCACUGCGUCGAGAAGGACAUCCUACCUCCGAAGAAGCUCAUCGGUAACAAGUGCGAAGCUUUCGUGGAGAAACGUAGGCUGAGCCUCGAGACAUACAUCAAUGCCGUUUACAACUACCUGAAGAAGGCGAUGCCGAGGGAACUGGCCGUAUUCCUGGACUUACAUGUGUACGACAUAUACUUCCUGCUGCAGAGCAUGGCCUUGGAAUUUUUCACCCGAGGCGUCGCUCUCUUGCAAACCUCUACGAGCUACAAGUUUAAUCCUAUACAACUGUACGCGAUCAGCGAAAGAUUGAAGCAGCCGUGCUCGUCCGUGGAGGUCGUGGACAAAAAGUACGACUUCAGCCACGUCCUGGACUUCAACUCCCACUUGACCAGCCUCACGAUCGAGGGAAGUCCGGAGCCUUACAAAACCAGCAAUAUCUAUUCGUCCGCGUUGUCCAUCGAACUGUCCACCUUCAAGAACGUGCAGAACUUAACGAUCGAUCAGUACCCCGUGGACAAGAUCUACAACAUGGGCAAUCUUCGGGACACUGUCAGCGUGCUGAAGGUCACGCACACCAAGCUCCGAAACAUCGUGGAGCUGGCGAUGUGCGAGGAGGUGCACAAGAACAUUGAAAAUGCGAACGACUCUCACGUGUGGCUGAAGGUGAUGCACCUGGAUCUCAGUGACAAUCGCAUCGAGAUGAUCGACGAGGCGAUCAAGCUGUUGCCGCACAUCGAGUGCCUGACUCUCAGCAACAAUCACCUGUCCGAGAUCUCGAAUGUCACCUUGCUGCCGCGACUGUCGCAGCUGUACCUCGCCUCGAACAACUUCACCAGCCUGCCGGACGAUCUUCACACGAAGCUCGGUUACAUCGUGUACAUCGACCUGUCGCAGAACAAGCUGACGUCGCUCGCCAGCUUCUCCAAGCUCUACUCCUUGGAGGGGCUGGACGUCAGCUGCAACCGCAUCGAGAAGAUCGAGGAGGUGAAGAACAUCGGUCAUCUACCUUGCCUGGAGCACCUCAGGUUGACGGGCAACCCGGUGUCGACGAUAGUGGACUACAGGGUCAAGGUAUUGGAACCGUUCGGCAAGAGAGCCGCCGACAUUUGUCUCGACAACGAAAAGCCGAAUCAAAAGGAGCUCGACACCGUGUCGGUGCACCAGGCGUUGCGCAUUGCUAGGGAAGGUAAAUCGCCGACGUUCACCGCGUCCGACGCGCCGUUAUUUUCCGCCGAGAUCCCGAGCAUAUAGAAAUUCCAAUCCGAGUUGCUCCUCACUCCGCUCUCUUAUCGCUCGAGCGGAGAGCUCGAGGGACGGCACGGGAGGUAAAGUCUUUUUAUACAACGCGCGUACAUUUUUAUCACCUCACGAGACUGACCUUCCUUUCUCGCAGCAGAAACGUCCUAUCGUAUUUUUACUCGGUUCGACAUGUGUGUAUUCGUUGUGUUUGAUGUAUGCAAGCGGAUAACAGAUAGGCAACGUUUGGAGAUGAAGCGCUAUCUCAUUGUCGUGCUUCUUACCGCCUCUUCUGAGAGACGAACGAUUUUAACGGUAUAAAGUAUAAAAGUGAACAAAAAGGUAAUCGCGCGUUGCUGUCGCUCUACAAAUCGGCGAGUGGAAUCGAAAAGAGGCGCGCUUCUUUCUCCAGCGGGAAUAAAAUGUCACCAGGUCCAUGACAAAGUCGCAUCGAGAACAAUUCGCGUGCAAUUCGUACGAAUUCAUGGGAUUUCUACCGGUUUUAUACGUGCAAAUGUACAUAUCGGCACACGCGACGCGUUACGCGAUUCCCGUCUAUUGUCUAUAACCUAAACGACAACAAUAAACGGAGACUCGCUUUGCUAUUGUUAUUUAAUAUACAAUAUAUAUACAUAUAUUCACGAUUAUCGAGAUUUUGUCGAGAUGCUCUUACCAAAAGUUGGCGGCAUGAGCCAGCCGCGCGCAGCCGUACGAUUUUAUUUAUUCCGAGAUAAUUUUUAAGAUUGUUUUAUUUCCAAGUGCAACACGCAAAAAUCCGUGGAGGUAUCGAUUUUAUAAUUUAACGUAAAGGAUUGAUCUGUAUAUAAGAAAGGAUGUAUUUUGUUAAUAAAGACGAAUAAACCAGCAGUCUGUGAUAACGUGUGCGCUCUCUCACCGAUAUAUUCAGUGAAACGUGACAUUAUCAUUAUCAUUAUCACUGAUCGACGGUAGCAAAAAAAAGAAAAAAAAGCUACACAUCUCUCGCCAAAGUCGUAUAUGAUGAGUCAUCGCUCAUUCGGUACAUCCGGGAGAGGAAACGAUUCAUUCGUGUGUCUCGUCGGAGAGGGAAAUAUGUGUGCGAGUUCGUUUAUCGUUGACUUUUAUUUAAACUUCCAUGUAUUCGCAUUACCUUUAAAUAUUAUGCGCAUCUCGAAAAUAUUAAAAUAUUCAUAAAUAAUAUCAAUAUAUAAUGCUUACAUAUAUACUAAGCAUCGUGUUAUAGUCUUUUUAACGUAUGCCUAAACUAACACAUACAUAAGUUAACCAUUACAAACGAUCGCGCCUUUCCGAUUGGUUUGCAAUAGUUGGACUCGUUGGUGCGCGGUGCACAAGUAAGCGAUACAGCUCACAGCUUCUCGAGAGAGAGAGAGAGAGAAAGAGAGAAAAAAAGACAGAGAAAAAGGCCUAACUAAAAAAAAUAUAUAUAUAUGUCAUUCUCAAAGGCAAUGCACAUUUCCGAAAAAAAAAAAAGUUACUAGUCUACGAGGGAAAUCCGAAACAUCUUGUGUAUCAAAGGAAUAAAACCGCUCGUAUGAAAAAGGAAAACGUUUUUAUCAAACAUGUGUGAAUUUUUCACACUUUUAUAUAUAGCACUUCAACACUAAUUUAAAUACGUUUGAUUUGCUCUUUUUCUUCUUCAAUUAGCGAAAUUCAAUCGAUAUUUCGUCUCGCGCGCGCACCAUGCCCCCCUCGGCGCAGUAGCUUUUAUCUUCUCGCCAUAUAUAUAUUUAUAUAUAUAUAGUUAAAAUUGGUCAAACAAUUUUCUCGCAUGGACAAAUCGACUCGCGUGCGUGUGUGUGAGCACGUUUCUUUUCUUUUCUUCAAAUCGCUAUGAAGGAUUACUAGAAGAAGGACGUGGGACUUACUGUGUGUGAGUUGGUUAGUCGAAGGAAAAGUCCGGAUUUGGUGAAUGGUGGUCGGAACGGGAGGAAUAUUUUUCUCGAGGCGGGAAAUCCGAUGAGUCGAUUCUCCGCGACUCGUCUGGAGUUUACUGGUGCGCGAUCGGAAUUAGCUUCUCG